AUGGAAGUGGUGGGGGCAAUUGUUGGUUCAGCUCUAACCGAGCCUUUUAGAUUUCUGUUCGGAUCCAUCUAUGUUAGGAUGAAGAAUGUUUUCAAGAUCCAUUCAAAUUACAAGGAUUUUGAGAAAAACAUGGAAGCUCUAUUGGAACUGAAGCAACUCCUAGAUGAUGAUGAGCUGCAGCAACACUUACCAAGAACUCAAGUGCAUGAUUGGUUGAAGAGGGUUGAAAAAUUGCAGAAUGAAUUUGAUUCUUAUAGCGAAAGGCGGGUGAAAGUUAAACAACUGAUUGGAGAUGGCAGAGCCUUUGAGAACAAGAUAGUGGGGGUUAAUCCUGUGCCUAAUACAGUUGAGUAUAUUCCCCAAGCAACAUUAUUCCAAGGUCAAGCAACAGCAGCAAGAAAUUUGGAGAAGAUGAAGGAUUUGCUGCUGAGAAAUGAAAAGGCUAAGAUGAUUGGGGUAUGGGGCAUGGGAGGUGUGGGUAAAACUACUUUAGUCAAGAAUGUGAACAAUGAGUUCAGUAAGGACCCAACAAAAAAGGAUUUCGACAUUGUAAUAUGGGUUGUUGUGUCUCGGAAUGCAACUGUAGAAAUCAUCCAAUCAAAAAUCGCUAAGCAAUUGCUUUUGCCAGUGGAUAAAGAAGAGAGUGAAGAGAGCGCAGCCAAUCGUUUGUACAACAAACUUAAGGGAAAAAGAUUUGUCUUAAUUCUUGAUGAUAUAUGGGAAGGAGUUGAUCUGAAUGCUGUAGGUAUUCCUCCACUUGAAGACGAUAUUGGUAGCAAGGUCAUACUAACCACUCGAAAUUUUCAUGUAUGCCAAGAAAUGUCUACUCAUAUUGAGUUCGAAAUAGGUGGUUUGAGUGAUGAAGAAGCUUGGGAGUUAUUUUCUCAGAAAGUGGGGGAAGAAAUGGUUAACGAUGACCAAAUUAAGCCGUUGGCAAAGGCCAUCGUUGAGGAAUGCAAUGGAUUGCCCCUAGCACUAAUCACAGUAGAGGCGUCAUUGAGGAAAAAGACAGAGGUUGCACUGUGGAAAGGUGCAUUAUACGCCUUGCAGAAAGCAGAGCCCACUAAGAUUCGUGGGGUUGAAGAAAAGGUCUAUAAACUGCUCAAGUGGAGCUAUGAUUCUUUAAGAGGUGAGCAGUUGAAAUCUUGCUUUUUGUUUUGCUGCUUGUAUCCGGAGGACUUUGAAAUUGAUACUGAUAGACUAGUCCAAUAUUGGCUAGCUGAAGGUUUACUUGAUGGGCAACAAAACUAUGAGCAAUUACAAAAUGAUGUUAAACGCAUUGUUGACUGCUUAAUAAGCUCUUGUUUGUUAGAAAAGUGCGCAGUAGGCAUUGAUAAAGUGAAGAUGCGGGGCAUUGAUAAAGUGAAGAUGCAUGAUGUAGUUCGUGAUGUUGGGGUAUGGAUAGCGAAAUCUUCAGAAGACUGGUGCAAAUCUAUUAUCAAUUCUGGAACUACCGAGAUGCAGAUCUCACAGCAACUAUUUAGUUGUUCUGACAAAGUGAAGAGAGUAUCUUUUAUGCAUAGCAAAAUAGCAUAUUUGCCAGACUGCAGCAUACAAUGUCCAGAAACAACAACUUUGUUUCUGCUAGGUAACUGGAGCAUUCAUGAAGUUCCUAACUCAUUUUUACAAGGAUUCCAAAUGUUAACAACUUUGGACCUAAGUAAAAGCAAUAUCAUGUUAUUACCUAACUCUCUUCUUCAACUUCUUGAACUUCGAGCUCUCAUUUUAAGACACUGCUAUUUACUACAUGAGUUGCCUCCCCUUGAAGCUCUAGGAAAACUUCAAAUACUUGAUUAUAGUUUUACUCCUAUAACUAAAUUCCCAGCCGGUUUUGAAAAACUUACAAAUUUAAAGAUAUUACUUCUAGAUAGUACCCUUCAGCUGAGAGAAAUUCUGAUUGGAAAAUUUUGCAAGUUACAUAAGCUGGAGUUUCUGAAUAUGGAAGAUAGUGGUAUCCAAUGGGGAACUAUGAAUACAAUUGAGGCAAUUGCACCAUUUGAGGAUUUGCUAUGCCUAAACCAAUUAACUGUCUUAUACAUAGACUUAAAAAGCAUUCCUUGUUUCACAACCCAGCAUACUUCUUGGUUCAAGAGAAUUAAAAAGUUUAGAUUUCAUGUUGAUCAUAAUGCAUGUUGA